AUGGCCCGUCCUCCUGACAGAGUGGUUGAACAAGUGGAGACUGGCCGCAAACCCAACCAUGACACAGGGCCAGGUGAACACCUACGUUCGCACUCCGCUCUAUCCCUACGUUUCCUGCACCAAGACGUGCCGUGGAAGACACCGGUCGCCUAUUUAGGGGUCACCAUUAACCGGAAGUUUGACACCUCCGGACACGACACCAGGACCUAG